UCAAUUUUUUGAGGAAAACAUAUGUUCACGGCAUCGUAUGAGCUCUUUUCUGUUGUACGUGUGAAAUAGGACAGCUGUAAAAAUGCUAGAUCUGUUUACUAUUUUCAGUAAAAGUGGGAUUGUAUUGUGGUGCUUUCAGGGUACAUCUCAAAUAUUUACCUCCCCUGUCAAUGCACUUAUUCGCACUGUUAUUUUGCAGGAAAGAGGUGGAAAUGAGACGUUCACUCAUGAUGGCCUUACACUCAAGUACAAACUUGACAACGAGUUUGAACUUGUUUUUGUUGUUGCCUAUCAGAAGAUAUUACAAUUAUCCUAUAUAGAUAAAUUUCUGGAUGAUGUUCACUUGGAGUUUCGGGAUAAAUACAUGAAACAGCUUGAAAGCAGCAGUUUUUUUUCAAACUUUGAAUUCAGUCGUGAGUUUCAACAUAUUUUGAAAAGAUGCGAAGAUUAUGGGAAGAAAAUUGCCGAUCAGCCAAGGAAGAUGAGGACAUUUGAUGAAUCAUUGAAAUCUAAAAAAACUGUUGCAUCCAUGAUUGAAAGUCGAAGCGACCUUAAACCAAAAAUAAAAGAAGCCCCAAAAUCCUCUGGUUCAAAAGCUGAAGCUAACAAGCCACCUGCCACAAUUGUAACUACAAUUGAAAAGGAAAAUGGAGUAAUUGAAGACCUUAACCCAGAAGCUGCCUUGAAACUUCGCAAGCUUCAGCAAAAGCAAAACAAAGGGAAAAAAAUAGAGUCCAAAAAGAGCCCUCCUGCCCCAAAAGAUAAAUCGAAGAAACCUCGCAUUUGGGACUGUUCUGGUUCAGCUAGAGAAAGCUCUGUGCUGGAUUUCAGCAAAAAAGGAGAUGAGGAUGGUGUUCAUACCAACGGCUAUGAGCCUUCAGAAGAAGCUUUUUGUGAUAGAAUGGAAGUGGGCCGUUAUAGAGGACCAGUGAAACGAGUCGAGACAUCAGAAAGUGAAGAGGAAUCUGAAGAAGAAGUGGAAGAACAGAAAAAAGGGAAAUCAAAAAGUUACGGUAUGUUCAGCAUGUUUAAAGGACUGGUCGGACAAAAGAACGUUACACGUGAAAGUAUGCAGCCUGUUUUGGACAAACUGAAAGACCAUAUGAUUGCCAAGAAUGUUGCUGCCGAUAUUGCUGAUAAGCUCUGCGAUUCUGUUGCUGCCAAACUGGAAGGCAAAGUUCUUGGUACUUUCACAAGAAUCACCUCCACUGUAAAAUCAACGCUAGUUGAUGCUCUUGUUCAGCUCCUAUCUCCCAAGCGACGUAUUGACAUUCUGCGCGAUGUCAUGGAAGCUCAGAAAGCUAAUCGCCCAUACAACAUUGUAUUUUGCGGAGUAAAUGGAGUAGGAAAGUCCACCAAUCUAGCAAAGAUAGCAUUCUGGUUGAUCGAGAACGAUCUCCGUGUCCUAAUAGCAGCAUGUGACACUUUUCGAGCUGGAGCAGUGGAACAACUUCGCACUCACACUCGCCAUUUGAAUGCUCUUCAUCCUCCCGAAGCCCAUCAAGGUCUUCAGAUGGUACAGCUGUAUGAGAAAGGGUAUGGAAAAGAUGCUGCUGGCAUUGCCAUGGAAGCCAUUAACUAUGCACGGGAUAUGAAAAUAGAUGUUGUUCUCAUUGACACUGCUGGUAGAAUGCAAGAUAACGAACCUUUAAUGAGAGCACUAGCCAAGCUUAUCAAGGUGAACAGUCCUGACCUUGUCGCCUUUGUUGGUGAAGCUUUGGUGGGCAACGAGGCAGUGGACCAACUAGUCAAGUUCAACCGGGCCCUAGCUGACCACUCCAGCCAAGAGAAUCCACACCUCAUUGAUGGCAUUGUACUGACUAAGUUCGACACAAUAGAUGAUAAGGUUGGAGCUGCUAUAUCGAUGACUUACAUCACUGGACAGCCGAUCAUCUUUGUUGGGACCGGUCAGACAUACACAGACCUUAAAAGCCUUAAUCCGAAAGCUGUUGUGCAUGCUCUUAUGAAGUGAAUGGAUCCCUUUUCUCAGUAUCUUGUUUCAAAAACACCUCCUAGAAUGCAGAUUUUGCUCUUUUUUUUAAAUUGGACUGAAAAUCUGAUGUUCCAAGUUUUGUUUUUAGGAAUUUUUACAUAAAUUUUAAUGUAUAUUAAAUGCUAUAAAUAAAUAUAUUUAUUUUAUUCUAACUAUUUCAGUUCAUAAUAAUUUUUUAUAGCUGUACUGACUGUCGGAAAUAAUUUGUUAGCUAUGUAUGCGAUAUUGAAUGCUAAAACAGAUGUAAAGAUGCACUUCAGUAAUUUCUUCUAAGGCCUUUGACCGUCUUCACUUUAGGACUCACAUUCCCUUCCUCUUAGAUUGCACACAUUGCUCUCUAUAACUCUUCCAUUUGUGAUAAAUAUUCCGUCUUGCAAUAAGUUACGUUUUUUGAAUGAUAUAUAUAUUAGCUGUUUUGACCUUCCGGUUUUUUAGCCGGAGUUUCUCACUCCGAGCGGAUUUCUCUGAUCGAGCUUUCCGAAUCGUGAGACAUAUGCUCUCGACUGUGAGGCAUUUUAGUUGAGUGAUCGAAAACCAAUUAUUUGAAUCUUUUGUAUAUUUGAAGAUUUUGUUUCCAUGG